AUGGCGACCUCCAUCGUCAGUCGGGGUUCCGAUACCCUCGAUGUAUGGACACGCCGCUCAACUCCAAAGAUCGAAAUUACUCUCGACGGACAAAAGCCCGGCCUCGUCAAUUCAUACACAACCGGAGACCAAAUUGAAGGUGUCGCCAAGAUCACAGUCGAUACAGAGAUUCGCUUUGAUGAGAUCGAAAUUAAUUUACAAGGAAACACCAAAGCUAACUCUCCCACCCAAGGCACGUCAAUCACAUCUGUCGAACGAGCAGCCUGCCCUGGUCGCACAGGAUCACAACAGAUGUUCCUCAAGCUGCGCCAACCCAUCGAAGAAACAGAAUACCCGACCCCUCGCAUACUGGAACCGGGCCAUGAAUACACCUUCCCAUUCACCUUCGUGGUACCAGACCGUUUGCUCCCCCAAGUCUGCACUCACACCCGAGUAAACCACCAAAUCCACACCUCGCACACCCUCCUCCCCCCAACACUCGGAGAUCCAAUGCUCCGCACAAACGCAAACUCCAGGACCCUCCUAGACGACAUGGCACCAGACAUGAGCCAAAUCUCCUAUCUAAUCCGCGUUGCAAUUCUCAAACGCUCAUCAACAAACCACGCUUCUCUCAAAGCACUCGCAAACGUCGGAAAAAAGGUCCGCAUAAUCCCCACAGUCUCAGAAGAACCACCAAUCAACACAUCAGACUAUACAUACUACUGUCCUCGCAAAGAAAAGACAGUGAAAAGAGGUCUACUCCGUGGUAAACAAGGACACCUAGUUGUAUCUGCAUCUCAACCACAACCAAUUCGUUUACAUGCUACAACAUGCGAACCACAGGAUACAGUUAGCACCGUUGCAAAGGUGUCGCUUCGAUUUGAUCCCGUGGCAAACGAACAACCACCACGACUAGGAUCAAUGAGCAGUAAGAUAAAAGCGAGUACAUUCUACAGCUCGGAUCCCUGGGAAGAUUUUCCAUGCCAGUCUUCCUCUGUCCCACUCUCCCAAGUUGGACAAGGAAUUUUCCACGAUUCCGUCAAUUUAUCAAAUAUGUGCGUCGCAUCAGCUCAAUGGGAAAAGCACACUUGUGCUUCUGCUUCCGGAAUCGGUAGCAUUGGUAUUGAGCGUCGCGAUUCGCUAGUCUCAAGCUGCUCUGAUGAUUCGACUGGGCCCUCUGCAUCGUUUACAGGGGAUACAUAUUAUACAGCUUCACUCGUUAUCCCAGUUACGCUUCCGACAUCGAAGACAUUCGUUCCGACAUUUCACAGCUGUUUAAUGUCUCGUUCUUAUUCGCUUGAUCUGAGCUUAUCGUACCAUACGCCUGGAACAAAUAUUUUGACUCCAACAAUUAAACUUCGACUUCCGGUUCAAAUUAUUACUGAACCUAAGUAUGCGGACUCAAUGAAGUCGUCGCUUGGUCUUGUUGUGACACAGGAAGAAUUGGAUGAGUUCUUUCAGCCUCGCUCUAUUAGUCCUGCCGUGGCGAAUGCGACUAUUGAUAUUGCCGCGCCACCGGGGUACUCGGAGACAAUUUCUCAAUCUAAUAUGGGGAGUGUACGAGCUGCCCGGUGA